AUGAAUGUCACUGCCAGCCCAACCGGCGCCGUUGCCGACGUCGUGGCCACCAACGCCUUUGGGCUCAGUGCAACAGUCUUGACCAUUGUUCAUUAUAUCUUACUUCGAGUUCUCGUACUCUGUAUAGCUGCAUAUUCCACAUGGCAAUAUCUUCUGCGAAGCGGCGCACUAUGGAAUUCCAAGUCGGAGCCUCCAAUGCUGCCAUAUUGGCUACCAGGUGUUGGGCAUUCAAUUGCCUUCCUUAGAGAUACCCACAAGACUCUUGUAGGGGCUCGAAACUAUUUCCAGACCCCAGCGCAGCCAUUCAGUGUAUUAAUAGGGGGUCGCCGUACCUACAUUAUUCUUGACCCACGACACAUCGCUGAGACGUACAAAAAGACGAGGGAAAUGCUGUUUGAUGCAUACAUUGAUCAAGUUAUGGGUUAUGUUGACGUUUCCCAGAACGCCCGAAAUAUCAUGUGGAGUUCUAUGGUUUCCGAAACCUCCCUGUCAGUUCCCAACUCAGUCCGGUCCUGGGUGCGAGCAGACAUGAUUCAAGGCCCUUCCUCACGAGAGUUCUACGGUGACUUUCUCUCAGAGUUGGACAGAGUGCUACAACACGACAGCAGGUUUACCACAGGAAAUGGCCAUGUACAUGGAAUGCUGAAGUGGACGGGUGACAUUAUCGUUAUGGUCUCGACCAAUAGCUUUUUUGGAAAUGCAUGCUUUGAACACUCCCCCGAGCUACUAGAUGCUUUCCACACGUUCAAUCACCAUGCGUGGAAAUUGCUGUUCCGCUACCCCAAAAUCUUGUCCAAAACCGCACACGAUGCCAAGGAUAUUUGUGUUCACAGCUUGACCAAGUAUUUUGAACUGCCUCAAGAUAUGAGACGGGAUGCAGCUCCUUUCGUAUUGAGAUCGGAAGACGAGAUGCGCAAAAACGGUAUUAGCUCCCGAGACAUUGCGGCGGUCUUAUUCAAGCUGUACUGGGCGAUUAAUGGAAACCCGUCCAUUCUUGCCUUUUGGUUCCUGGCUCACACCUUGUACAAUCCACAACUUAAGGAAGACAUUAAGCGCGAAGUCGCACCAGCUUUCAAGAACGGCACACAGCACCAGCCUGAUAUCCAGUGUCUUCUAAAGGAAUGCCCGAAGCUCAACGCGGCAUUCUAUGAGACAAUGCGGAUCCACGGCGGCGCAUCGACGUUUCGGCGCGUCGUUGAAGAUACCACUAUUGCAGGAUUUGAGUUCAAGCCUGGCAGUGACGUAAUGAUGCCCUACCGCCAGCUACACCUUAACAAAGAGUACUGGGGUGAGGAUGCGGAACGAUUCGACAUUGACAAGUUUCUGGAGAGUCCCAAGCUUGCCUCGGCAAGAACGUACCGACCGUUUGGUGGAGGUGCGACGUAUUGUCCUGGGAGACAUUUGGCGCAGCAGACGGCGUUGAGUUAUCUUGCAACUCUUGUGACGAGGUAUGAGAUACAAGUCGUUGGUGGUAUUGAGAGCCAGGCUUUUCCCGAGAUGGACGACAAAGUGCCUACGCUUGGCAUCAUAUCCCCCGUCUCAGGACAAGAUGUUCAGAUUCGGGUCGAGGCUGUACUGUAG